GUGUCGGCAGCAGUCCUGCUUUGUUAGUUUACAGAAAAUCGUUCUGAGCUGAUAUUUUAAGGGUCCACUGAGGAGGAACUUCCUCUUCCUGUCAGUCCAACAUGGCUGACAUCAAGAACUUCCUGUAUGCCUGGUGCGGAAAGAAGAAACUGACCCCGAACUACGACAUCCGCCCUGCGGGCAGCAAGAUCCGGCAGAAGUUCAUGUGUGAGGUUCGAGUCGACAGCUUCAACUACGUCGGGAUGGGAAACUCCACCAACAAGAAGGACGCUCAGAGCAACGCCGCCCGGGACUUUGUGAAUUAUCUGGUCCGAGUGGGAGAAAUGAGUGCAGCCGAGGUCCCGUCUCUGGGGGUCGGGUUUGCGGGCGGAGACCAGCCCGCAGAAGGAGAAGGAGGAGGAGGAGGGAACGGGACUCUUCCUCCUGACGGUCCUCUGCCUCCUCAUCUGGUUGUCAAAGAGGAAACAGGUGAAGGUGGUACCAGAGGUCCAAUCCCAGGAGUGACGGGACAGGGUUACUCAGGAGGAGGAGGAGGAGCUCAGUGGGAGCGAGGAGCCAACCUGCAGGAGUACUACGCCAGGAAGGAGGAGCAAGAGGCUGAAGCGACCCUGGAGUCCGAGGAGGUGGACCUGAACGCCAACCUCCACGGGAAUUGGACCCUGGAGAACGCCAAAGCCCGCCUGAACCAGUUCUUCCAGAAGGAGAAGACCAGCGCCGAGUAUAAGUACAGCCAAGUGGGCCCGGACCACAACAGGAGCUUCAUCGCCGAGAUGCAGCUGUUUGUGAGGCAGCUGGGCAGAAAGGUCACGGCUCGAGAGCACGGCUCCAACAAGAAGCUGGCGGCCCAGUCGUGCGCCCUGUCCGUGGUGCGACAGCUGUACCACCUGGGAGUCAUCGAGCCGUACAGCGGGGUCACCAAAAAGAAGGAGGGGGAGACGUUGGACGUCUACGAGGUCGGCGUGUCUCCAGAACUGCAGCAGCAGUUGGCCGGUGUCGUCCAGGCGCUCGAAGUUUUUGUCCCGUCUCCUCCCUCAGACCCCAGCUGCCCCGUGUCUCUGGUCCAGGGGAAGAUGGCCACCUUCGAGCCGUCACAGCGGCAGAGUGGUGCCGGCGUCGUCCCCUGGUCCCCGCCCCAGGUCAACUGGAACCCCUGGACCAGCAGCAACAUCGACGAGGGGCCUCUGGCCUUUUGCACUCCAGAGCAGAUCAGCGGGGACCUUCACAAUGAGCUGAUGUACCAGCUGGAACACGACCAGAACCUGCAGACGAUCCUGUCGGAGCGCGACCAGCUGCCCGUCAAACAGUUCGAGGAGGAGAUCAUGGCGGCCAUCGACCACAACCCCGUGGUGAUCAUCAGAGGGGCCACGGGCUGCGGGAAGACCACGCAGGUCCCUCAGUACAUCUUGGACCGCUUCGUCAAGUCGGGCCGAGCGUCCGACUGCAACAUCGUGGUUACCCAGCCCAGACGGAUCAGCGCCGUCUCCGUGGCCGAGCGGGUCGCCUACGAGAGAGGAGAGGAUCUUGGGAAAAGCUGCGGCUACAGCGUUCGCUUCGAGUCCAUCCUGCCUCGGCCGCACGCCAGCAUCCUCUUCUGCACCGUCGGCGUUCUUCUGAGGAAGCUGGAGGCAGGAAUCAGAGGAAUCAGCCACGUCAUCGUGGACGAGAUCCACGAGAGAGACCUCAACACGGACUUCCUCAUGGUGGUCCUCAGGGACGUGGUCCAAGCCUACCCCGAGGUGCGAGUCGUGCUGAUGUCGGCCACCAUCGACACCACCAUGUUCAGGGAGUACUACUUCAACUGUCCCAUCAUCGAGGUGUUCGGACGCACCUUCCCUGUCCAAGAGUACUUCCUGGAGGACUGCAUCCAGAUGACCAGCUUCAUCCCUCCACCCAACGACCGCAAGAGGAGAGACAAGGACGAGGAGGGCGGAGAAGACGAUACCAACUGUAACCUGAUCUGUCAGUCGGACUACACGGUGGAGACAAAGCGCUCCAUGGCUCAGAUCAACGAGAAGGAGACGUCCUUCGAGCUGGUGGAGGCUCUGCUGAAGUAUAUCGAGACGCUGAAGGUGUCCGGAGCGGUUCUGGUCUUCCUGCCGGGUUGGAACCUGAUCUACGCCAUGCAGAGACACCUGGAGACCAGCCCACACUUUGGAAAUAGCCGGUACCGGAUCCUGCCGCUGCACUCUCAGAUCCCCCGGGAGGAGCAGAGGAGGGUGUUUGAACCGGUUCCUGAUGACGUCACGAAGGUCAUCCUGUCCACCAACAUCGCAGAGACCAGCAUCACCAUCAACGACGUGGUCUACGUCAUCGACUCCUGCAAGCAGAAGGUGAAGCUCUUCACCUCCCACAACAACAUGACCAACUACGCCACCGUCUGGGCCUCCAAGACCAACCUGGAGCAGAGGAAGGGCCGAGCCGGCAGAGUCCGGCCCGGUUUCUGCUUCCACCUGUGCAGCCGGGCUCGCUUUGAGAGGCUGGAGACCCACAUGACCCCAGAGAUCUUCAGGACCCCACUGCACGAAGUGGCUCUGAGCAUCAAGCUGCUGAGGCUCGGCGCCAUUGGACACUUCCUGUCCAAGGCCAUCGAGCCGCCGCCGCUGGACGCCGUCAUCGAGGCCGAGUACACCCUGAGAGAACUGGACGCUCUGGACUCCAACGAUGAACUGACCCCUCUGGGCCGGAUCCUGGCCCGGCUGCCCAUCGAGCCCCGGCUGGGGAAGAUGAUGAUCAUGGGCUGCAUCUUCCACGUGGGCGAUGCCAUGUGCACCAUCUCCUCCGCCUCCUGCUUCCCAGAACCCUUCAUCAACGACGGCAAACGCCUCGGCUUCGUCCACAGGAACUUCUCCGGGAACCGUUUCUCGGACCACGUGGCGCUGCUAUCCGUGUUCCAGGCCUGGGACGACGUCAGAAUUAACGGCGAGGACGCCGAAACCAGUUUCUGUGAACACAAACGUCUCAACAUGGCCACCCUGAGGAUGACGUGGGAGGCCAAAGUCCAGCUGAAGGAGAUCCUGGUGAACUCUGGAUUUCCUGAAGAGUGCCUGAUGACGCAGAUGUUCAACACCGUGGGACCCGACAACAACCUGGACGUGGUGGUGUCUCUGCUCACCUUCGGCUCGUACCCCAAUGUCUGCUACCACAAGGAGAAGAGGAAGAUCCUGACCACCGAGGGCCGCAACGCCCUCAUCCACAAGUCCUCCGUCAACUGUCCCUUCAGCAGCCAGGACAUCAAGUACCCGUCCCCGUUCUUCGUCUUCGGCGAGAAGAUCAGAACCAGAGCGAUCUCGGCUAAAGGGAUGACUCUGGUGAGUCCGCUGCAGCUGCUGCUCUUCGCCUCCAAGAAGAUCAACUCCAACGGAGACAUCGUGGAGCUGGACGACUGGAUCAAACUGAGGAUUCCUCAUGAGGUGGCCGGCGGCAUCGCGGUGCUGCGGGCCGGACUCGAGGCUCUGGUGGUGGAAGUGACCAAAGACCCUGAAUACAUCAACCAGAUGGAUCAAACCAACCAGCACCUGCUGAACGUGAUCCGACAGGUGUCCAAACCGUCCGCAGCCGGGAUCAACAUGAUGGCCAGCAACCAGAGGAUGGGAGACGGACCACGACCCCCGAAAAUGGCCCGCUUUGAUGGGGGAGGAAGAGGAGGAGGGUAUCAAGGUGGGGGAGGGGGCUACAGGGGAGGGGGAGGUUAUCGAGGAGGUGGAGGAGGGUACAGAGGAGGUGGAGGAGGGUACAGAGGAGGUGGUGGAUACGGGGGAGGAGGAGGAGGAUAUAGAGGGGGAGGAGGAUACAGGGGAGGUGGGGGUUAUGGAGGGGGAGGAGGAUACAGGGGAGGGGGAGGAGCUUAUGGAGGAGGUGGAGGGUUCAGAGGAAGAUAUUAAACUUGAUGUUAUCACAGGAAGUGAUGUCAGAAUGGUAGACUGUAAACAGGAAGUGAUGACAGAAUGGUAGACU